AUGGCGGUACCGUCUCUGCUGCGGCUGCUCAUUCCUCUGACUGUGAGUCCCAGCAGAUCUCAGUUCUUUGAAGGAGAACCAGUGACUCUGAUCUGUGAAGAUGAAAACAGAUCUGUGAGGAGGAACACGACCGGAGAGACCAGGACUGAGUGUGAGGACUGGGGGGAACCAGCUGGUUCCUCCUGUGAGGUCAGUCACAUCACACCGUUUGAUACUGGUGUGUACUGGUGUGAGUCCAGGUCUGGAUCCUCCAGCAGCAGCAGCAGCAGCAGCAGCAGCAGCAGCAGCAGCAGCAGCAUCCAGCUCUCUGUCUCUGGUGGAUCAGUGAUCCUGCAGAGUCCUGUCCUCCCUGUGAUGGAGGGAGAUGACGUCACUCUGAGCUGCAGAGCAAGGAAUCCAACCCACAACCUCCCAGCUGCUUUCUAUAAAGAUGGCUCCUUCAUUGGUGAUGGAUCAUCAGGUCACAUGACCCUCCUCCAUGUUUCCAGCUCUGAUGAAGGCCUCUAUAAAUGUAACAUCAGAGGUCAUGGAGAGUCUCCAUCCAGCAGGAUCUCUGUCAAAGUUUCAGGUUCAGCGCCCCCUGCUGGCCGGCUUCCUCUGCUGCUCCUGUCUGUUCUGGUUCCAGCCGGUUCUGUUCUGGUGUUACUGGUUGUACUGGGGAGACGAUGCGUUCAGAGGAAGCUCCGAGUUGCAGAGAAAGAUUUCGUCACCUACAGUGAGGUCGGGAUCAGAGCAGAACCACUGGACCGUCUCAGAACAGGUUCUGGUUCAGACACCGUCUACACCGAGGUGAGGACCGGUUCUGGUCGGGUCGGACCCAGAGGAACCAUCAGCUGCUGA